AUGCUUAUUCCCGUCCAAUUGGACAAUGUCCUAACGACGCCCGUAGGUGAAACCUCCAACUUUGUCAUAGCCAACUCCCUGGCCAGGAGAUUGCAACAUGGUGUGAACGACGUCGCUCCAUCGUCUCGCGAUCAGGAUGACGGGCAAGCGCGUGUGAAAGAUUGGAGUGCCGGAGCCGACGAGCUCGGCUUGCAAACCAUGGUGGACUCGUACGACUUUGUCGUGCCUCACAACACAGCCAUCCGGCGAUAUCGCACGCUCCAGAAGGAUGUCGCGGAUCGGCAUUUGGACAACUUCUUCGCCACGAUCCAUAUCUACUUCCCGAUAUUUGACAUUCCCAGAUUUCGUGCCAAGUACUCUCGCCUCAGAGAACUCUUCGGCUCAAAUCUAUUAUUCGCUUCGCAGGGAGAGAACGAGGUUCGGCAACAAUCGUUAUGCCUACUAUACGCAGUUCUUGCUUUGGGUGCAUUGUAUGCCGACGAUGAUGACAGCUCAACCUGGGCUUCGUGGUAUUUCUCCGAGGCGCAAGAGUUGCUUGGACGCUUGUUCGAUGCGGUCAGUUUAGAAUUGGUGCAAGCAGGAAUGUUCAUGGGAGCUUACGCACAGCACGCUCUCAAACCAAAUCUGGCUUACACCCUGGCGGGGACCGCGACUCGAAUGGCAUUUUCAAUCGGCCUAAAUGUUGAUUCCAACCUCACCUCACAUGACUGGGACGCUGAUGAAGGGCGGCGCACGUGGUGGAUGAUCUAUAUCCAAGAGGUGGAGUUGAGCUUGGACUCGGGCCGGCCAAUGUCCAUCAGCAAAAGUGACAUUAGAGUCGACCUUCCGGAGGAGGGCGACACAACCGGCACGACUUCAGGGUCAGACCAGCCACAGCAACCGAUGGCUGGGUUCAUCAAAGCCCUUUCGGGAGUCGCUCGAAUCACCCGUGAUAUUUUGAAGAUUGUUGCGAGAUCUGGCAGCGCUAUUGGAGCAAAGAGGUCGACCACCAUCCAAAUCCCAUCACUCAAUAAUCGGUUGAACCAGUGGCGGCAAUCGCUCCCGGCCCUGCUCCUGUUCGAAGAAGAUCUUCGUCGAGAGCCGGAUCCUGCCAACAGCUGGAUCUCUCGCCAGCGGAGCAGUCUUCUAGUCCAUUACAAUCUCGCUCUUAUCGUCCUGCACCGGAUUUCCUUCACGGCAGCUGACCUCUCGGCAGCUAGUCAGCUGGUCAAGAGCUCUCGGUCCACUUGUGUACGAGCUGCCCGUGUUAUCAUCCUGCAUGUGCAUGGCUUAUUUGAGGCCGCGCCUUGCAUAAGGCGCUGGAGAUAUUACUGCUAUUAUUGCCUACAGGCCACGUUGGUACUUUUGACGGAAGUCAUCGAGGAGCCGGCAGCUGAGGAAACCAAGGAAAUAGUCGCAGUCUGCCAGCUGAGCAUCAGCGUCUUUAAGCAGAUUGAUCUCAAAGCUGCUAAGAGGUGCGCCGAGAUAGUGGCCCAAAUAAUUGCACGUUGGAGAAGGCGACAAGAUGUUGGAAAGGCCAGUUCGGAAAAUUUGUGGUACACUGAAAGUUCACAGCAAACAGCCACACAGCCACUACCGACAGUAGAGAAGGCGGUCCCCAUUCAGAUGUCUAAGGAACAGGUCCUAGCCCUUCCCACAAAUCUCACUGGGGCAAUUCAGCGAGAACCAGCACAGCUUCCAGCUGGAGCCUCUCGACAGGGCGUCUCAGGAGACUCUUUCGAUGCACCGGCGGGAGCAACGCGUCUAGAGCCCAUGUCAGAGAGUCAUGAUUCGGACUUCCCAAUCAAUGAUGACCUAUGGACCUAUUUCGCGGACCCAGAAAUGCAUUCACGCUCGUUCGAGAGUUGGAUGGACAUCUUGAUUGCGGAAGAAGCACCACCCUGA